UAUACAUUUUAAAUAAAUGAAUAUCAAUGUUUCAUAAUUAUGUAUCGGCAAUUUAUUCUGCAACCAAGAAAGCUUGUGAAAGUCACGGGAAUAAUGUUGCAGCGACGUGUUCUGCGGACACUACAGAUAAAAGUGUGUCUGACUUUGGUGGCGUGUGAGCGAGCGCCGGACUGACAACAAAAGCGCGUGCGCUCAUCUGAACGGCUCCACUCGAACGAGCGGACGCUCAAACACUGAACUGUGCGCCAGUGUCAGCGGUUCAUUUACGUAUAAUUGCUUAAGAUCACACAGCUUCCCCUGACCUGCGUGGUCCUUGGGGGACACUGUCCGCCAUUUACAAAGACACAAUCGUCAUCAAUGAGGACGAUAGGAAUGGCUGUGUUCAAGCAACAAAAAGUGGAGGAUUUCUACGAUGUUGGAGAAGAACUGGGAAGUGGACAAUUCGCUAUUGUGAAAUGCUGUAAGGAGAAAAGCACGGGAGUGGAGUACGCCGCAAAGUUUAUAAAGAAGCGUCUCAAUCGGGCGAGCCGCAGGGGCGUACGACGAGAGGAGAUCGAGAGGGAGGUGGACAUCCUUCAGGGGCUUCAACACCCCAACAUCAUCUCAUUACAUGACGUCUUUGAGAACCGCACUGACGUAGUGCUCAUCCUCGAGCUAGUAUCUGGAGGCGAGCUCUUUGAUUUCCUGGCCCAGAAGGAAUCACUAAGUGAAGAGGAAGCUACAGAAUUCAUCAAACAGAUCCUUGACGGAGUUCAGUACCUGCACUCCAAGAAAACUGCACAUUUUGACCUGAAGCCUGAGAAUAUCAUGCUGCUUGACAACAAUAUCCAAAAGCCCAGAAUCAAGCUUAUCGACUUCGGUUUGGCGCAUAGGAUUAAGGACGGAGUGGAUUUCAAGGACAUUUUCGGAACCCCAGAAUUUGUCGCUCCGGAGAUCGUCAACUACGAGCCGCUGGGAUUAGAGGCCGACAUGUGGAGCAUCGGAGUCAUCACAUACAUCCUAUUAAGUGGGGCAUCGCCAUUCCUCGGCGACUCCAAGCAGGAAACUCUCGCAAGCAUUUCUGCAGUGAACUAUGAAUUUGACGAGGACUUUUUUGGAAACACAAGCGAGUUGGCCAAAAGUUUUAUCAGGCAACUGCUGGUCAAGGAUAAGAGAAAGAGACUGAAGAUAAAUGACGCUCUCAAUCACCCGUGGAUAAAGCCUUCAAAUCCAAGACAAGCCUUGGUGCGACGACAAUCUGUGGUCAACAUUGAGAACUUCAGGAAACAGUACGCCCGGAGAAGGUGGCAGUUUUCUUUCAGAAUCGUAGCCCUUUGCAAUCACUUGACACGCAUGAUGAAAAAAAACCCUCCCAAACCACAGGACAAACCCAAAAUGGGUUACGUAGGCUGUGCGGUGGCCAUGUUGGAGAGAGAGUGUGAGAGCGAUCAAGAGGAGGAAGUGAUGCUGAGGAGACCCACAACCAGAAAGAGAAGCAGCACUUCCUGAAACCUCACUCUUCAUUACACAUCUACUGCAGGACAAGCGUCACAGCUGCUGGUUUUCAAGAGAAUCAGUGGCACGUGUGCCAUUGUUACACGCAUUUUACAUAGUUUAAAAGGGCAAUCGUAAUCUGAACGUUGCUUGUUUACUUUCCUAGAGAGGAUUAUGUGAGUAAGUCACGUCUGAAAACGUGCAACAAGUGCAAUUGUGCCACAUAUAGAGAGAAAAAUAUUUUUAAUGUUGGCUGCUUCUGUAUGUAUUCAUGUACAAAAUGGCUGGGGGGGAGGAGUUUACAGGCUAUAUUUUACCUGUACAAUGUUGUAUUAUGUUUCAGAGGAAUACAACUUUGCCUUCAAUCUUCACAAACUGCAGUCAUAACCAGUGGCUGUUGUCUUAAUGUGUCCCAUAACAUUUUGCAUUCCUAUGCAACUUAUUCAAAAGUCUGUAGUGCGGGUUCUUAAAGUGUAUUAUAUAUAAUGUUAGUCGUUUUCAUUAAUCUUAAUAAUAGGAUAUUUGAUAUAAUAGGUCAAUUAUUAAGUCUGUAUCAACAAAGAUUUGUUCACUUUACGUUUAUAAGACUAUAAUGACGGGGAUUACGAUGUCCUUCAUUUCGAGUGCAAAGUGUUAUUGAAAGCUGGGUAGUAAUAGCGCUAUUGUACUUCAUGGCAUGUUUUGGGCAGCACAAAGUAUAUAACCAUCAUUUUAUAAUACGUUUUUUUUAUUUUUCUUAAAUAUUUUAUUUUAAGUAACAGGUAUUUGAAGUAUUAAAAUUACGGUUUUAAAUCCACUUAAUAGUAAAGAUACUUUAGUACAGUGACCAAUUUAAAGUAUCGCAUUUGUAGAUUGUUUUUGUCGUAUAGUGCCUCACACAACAAUGUCAUUUGAAUUGUGUUGGUAUGAACUCUGAUAAGCCGUAAUCUGUGCCAUGUGCGCUACAGACGUGACCAUCAGGAAAAUAAGAUGAUGUAAUUCUUUGUGGAAGGUUCUCAGAGGGGUGGACAUUUUCUCACAUCAAUUUAUUUGGUGAAAAAGAAAAGGAAUGUACACAGUUUUAAUAUUAACAAUGCAUAUUUGAACAAGCGCUUCGCUGCAUUUAAGUGUUGUUGUUUACUUGUAUAAACAGAAUUAAGUCUAUUGCAUGUUUAUAUCCACUUGUAUUUCAUUAUUUACAUCACAUGAUUGAAUAAGUGAUAAAAGAAGACUACAAUAUUGUUUACAAAUCUGCCACAUUUUUUGAAAUGGGAAAUCAUUGUAAAGUGUGCCUCAAGAUGUAUCCGUCAUGUCUGUUCAUUUUAAGACUAGAUAAAAGGAUACUUUUGUGUUGUUCCUAACCAAAGUAAACUCUUCAAAGUUUACUGGAGUUGCCCCUUUUGUACAAAAAGUAAUAAAUGAUCGAUAUAUUUAUUGCA